AUGUCCCUCACUGGUCAAAACACAAAGUCAACAGACGCUGCCAGAACCGGAAGACUCGCCCGUCUCUUUCAUAGCGUCCUCAAUGGGAACAGGAAAGUCCAACAUGCCAAUGUGAAACUUUUCUUCGAGGCUGCGCAAGCCCAGCCAACACCGAGUCUCUGCGUCGAGGCUAUCGUCGCAAGCAAACAUGGCAUCGAGGCUCUCCACCAGGCUGUCCGCGUAGACCUGUCAACCUCUUUCAUGUGCACACAGACACUGCCGUUCCUUGCCUACCUGGAAGACGACCAGUUGAAAAUGCUCGCGGACGGCCAAAUCCUUCAAAGGGCCCUUACGGCCAUUGCCAAGCCGCCCACCUUCUGGAAUAAGGUUGUUGCUGCCUCCCAGAGCGGCGCUCUAGAUGAAGAGGCGUCCAGGGUCUUUGCGUGGUUCUGCUUCGAGCUCCUCUCACUACCCGAGGCCGCGGAUGUCGACGUCUUCGCAGAUGUUUCUUCAAUAGCACAGAGCAGGCCAUUCAUCGAGGCAUCGUCACCAGAGAUCCGUAAGAUAGGAUACAAGAUACAGCACCUCUUGCAACUCCGAACGUCUCCGACCAGCAACUCCAUUGAUGGCCAUGGCCCGGGUGGAAGGCACGACAACGAUUUCGCGGAUUUCAGAAAAGUGGCAGUCUACCCGACUACAGAUGAGUUCCUUUCGAAUGAACGACCUUUUUACCGUCGGGCCAGAGAUGUGUUCGAGUUAGGCAUGUCGGAGCGAGCUGCAGCCCACCUGGACAACACGUACCGCCUGACAAGAGAGGACCUCUUGGGAGAGCUGAGGAACGACUGGCAAAUUGCACAAGGCCGAAAGAGCGGGAGAAGAUCCGCUCUCACUCUUCGCAAGCUCUGGCCGGCUUUCUUGGAGCUAGGCAACGAAAAGGCUCGGAAAAAGUGUUCCCUUGCACUCCGAUGCUUUGCAGGCCUGGAGGAUCUUGAGAGGAAGCAGCCGAAUGCUCGAAAGAAGUGGCUCGAGGACAACAGGAACUACCUUCGCCACCAGUCCUUUGGUGCUCUGUACCGAGGACAUGAGAUCUUUGGAUUCGCUUUUGUUGAUCGCGAUGUCGAUGGUCUGAUCGAGUCUCCUCCGGUGGUGAUAUUACAAUUCACCGACGACAAAGCAUUACGCAAGGCCCUCUUGGCCCUGAAGAUGAUGCAAGACAUCAUGUUCACACUUGUGGACACGCCUGUGUUUGCGUACGAGCCGGUGCUGGAGCGUCUGAAGGACAUGAAGGAGCUCCCUCUGCACGAGCAGCUGCUUGAUGCCUCGGGAGCUAAGGAUGAUCUUGUGCCGCAGCCACUCAUACAACAUGUUGUUGAGCGUCUUCAGUCGAGCGACGCAAAAAUAACGAUUAGAAACGAUCUUUUCAAAAAGGCUUUCCAGCUGGAUCACUCCCAGCGGCAGUCUCUGAUCAAUGCCCUAUCCAGGAAGGUCAGCGUCAUUCAGGGUCCUCCAGGCACCGGCAAAUCAUUCAUCGGUGCGCUUGCAACUCACUUUUUCAUCCAGCAUACGAGCUACAAAAUCCUCGUCAUCACAUACACCAACCACGCCUUAGAUCAAUUCCUCGAAGACCUUCUUGAUCUCGGCAUUCCAGAAGAGUCUAUGGUUCGACUAGGCUCUAAGUCUACCCCGAGAACUGGUCCUCUGCUUCUCUCCAAGCAGCAAUCCGGAUACCGUCGCACCGAAGGUGCCUGGGCUGUCAUUGAUGACUUGAAAGAUGACGCUGCGGUACAGAGUACGGAGUUACGAAACGCCUUCACUAGCUACCAGCAAGCACAUCCAACAUUCCGCGACAUACAGGAACAUCUAGAGUUCUCUGAGGACGAUUCACACUUCCAUGAGGCUUUUGUAAUUCCAGCCGACAACGAUGGUUUCAAGAAAGUCGGCAAAAAGGGCAAAGCGGUCACUGAAGACUAUUUAUACAAGCGCUGGGUAGGUGGCCAGGGGCCAGGUAUCUUUGGAAAGCAUGCUCUCAGAAACCACCGAUGCGUUUGGGACAUCGACGCUCCCCUGAGGGCAAAAUACAUUCAGAAGUGGUUCUCGGCUAUUCUCCAAGAGAAGGUGGGAUGUGUUCAAGAGCUCGCCAGGCAGUACGAUGCUACGCAAGAGCGGAUGGAUGCCCAAUUCGACGAGAAGAAAGUGUCGAUUCUUCGCGAAAAGCGUAUAAUUGGAUGCACAACCACCGCUGCUGCCAAACAUACCAAACUGAUCACUUCUGCACAGCCAGACAUUGUGAUAGUGGAAGAAGCCGGUGAAAUUCAAGAAAGCCACAUUCUUACGGCACUGACACCAUCUGUCAGUCAGCUGAUCCAAAUCGGAGAUCAUAAACAGCUUCGUCCGAAGGUCAACAAUUAUCAGCUCACAGUUGAGAAAGGAGACGGAUACGACCUGAAUCGAUCCAUGUUUGAGCGACUGAUUCUGCAGGGACACCCGCAUACCACCUUGCGAAAACAGCAUCGCAUGCAUCCGGAUAUAUCCCUCCUCGUAAGGGAGCUCACGUAUCCAGAUCUGGAAGAUGACCCCAAGACGUUGACCCGUGAACCAAUUCGCGGUGUCGACGACCGCGUCAUCUUCGUCAGCCACGGUCACCCUGAGCUGCACAACGAGAGAAUCUCCGAUCGACGCGACCAGGGCUCCAAGUCCAGCAAAGAGAACGGUUUUGAAGCUAGCAUGGUCUUGAAGACCGUCAGAUUCUUGGCUCAGCAGGGUUAUGGUACGAAGAAUAUGGUUGUUCUGACGCCGUAUCUCGGCCAACUGCGUCUCGUGAGAGACAUGCUCAUGGAUGAUGUCGACCCAGUACUGAGUGAAUUGGACUCGCACGAACUCAUUCAAGCAGGCUUGAUGACCAGGGCCGCUGCCAAGGUCGACAGGUCACCGCUCAGAAUAUCCACCAUCGACAACUACCAGGGGGAAGAGGCCGACAUCGUCAUUGUAUCCCUGACGCGAAGCAACGACAAUGGCGAUAUUGGAUUCCUUGCAGCACGUGAGAGACUCAACGUUCUUCUCUCACGGGCGCGCAAUUGUCUCAUCAUGUUUGGGAACAUGGAGACCUACAUGAGCAGCAAGAAAGGGGCGGAUACUUGGAACCCAUUCUUUAAGCUGUUGAAGGCCAACAAUUGGAUCCAUGAUGGGCUCCCGGUUAAGUGCGAGAGGCACCCUGAGAGGAGAUUUCUUCUCAAACAGCCUGAUGACUUCGACAUGCGCUGCCCCGAUGGAGGAUGUACAGAGCUGUGUAACGCCCCUCUUAAUUGCGGACUACACAAUUGCACGAUGUGCUGCCAUCGUGUGGAUGAUCAUUCCAAGAUGCCAUGUCCGCACCAGGUGGAGAGGUCCUGCGACAGGGGCCACAAACUCAAGAUGCUAUGUCACAUGCGGAAUGACAAGUGCCGCACUUGUGCAGAGGAAGAUCUGGAAACAGAGAAGAGGGUCAGGAGAGACCUGAAGCUUGAGGCCGAGAGGCAGGCCCGCGAGGCUGAAUAUAAGAGAGACCUCGCCGAGAUCCAGGACGAGAUUGAUCAUGAGCGGCGUAUCCUCAGGUAUCGCAAGGACAAGGAAGAGCAACAAAAAACACUCGUCCAACAGCGAGCGGACCUUGCCGCUCUCAGGGAAACUGCAGAGCGCGUUCUCAACAUGCCGGAGUCACAAGCGAAGCAGGGCAUGCCUGGCUCGUUUCCCGGUUCUGACCCUGAUCCUCCAACCCCACCGACUGAUGGAGACUCUUCCGACAGUCUGAAAGAUCUACCUGAUGGGGCAGCGCAAGAGUGGGGAUAUCUCAAGCAGUAUGAGGGGGCCAAGAGUAAGCCGCUGGAUGAGUUGAUGGGCAUGAUAGGGCUCGAAGAAGUGAAGUCGGAGUUCCUGUCCGUCAAGUCGAAGGUUGACACGGCUAUCCGACAAGAGAUUUCGCUUGGGAAAGAACGCUUUGGGUGUUCCAUGCUGGGUAAUCCCGGCACCGGCAAAACAACCGUCGCUCGCAUCUAUGCUCAAUUUCUCACCUCUCUCGGCGUUAUUCCCGGCAGCUGUUUCAAAGAAGAAACUGGAGCUAGUCUAGCCAAUGCUGGGGUAUCCGGCUGUAAGGCUAUCAUAGACGAGAUCCUGGACGACGGCGGUGGUGUACUCUUCAUCGACGAAGCUUACCAACUCACUUCCGGAAACAAUUCUGGCGGCGGAGCCGUGCUGGAUUACCUCUUGCCAGAGGUCGAGAACCUCAACGGCAAGGUGAUCUUCAUCCUUGCCGGCUACAGAAAGCAGAUGGAGAGCUUCUACGCACACAAUCCCGGGUUGCCGUCAAGAUUUCCCAUCGAGAUGAAGUUUGAAGACUAUACAGAUGAGGAAUUGCUGCGCAUCUUCGAGCUGAAGAUGCACAAGAAGUAUGAUGGCCGCAUGAAGUGCGAAGACGGUCCGAGAGGUCUGUACUCUCGGAUUGUGACUAGAAGGGUGGGCCGCGGCCGAGGCCGAGAGGGCUUCGGCAAUGCGAGAACAAUUGAAAACACCUUGGCCGCAGUCAGCUCACGCCAAGCAACCAGACUGAGAAAAGAGCGGCGUGAAGGCAAAAAGCCAGACGACUUCUUGUUCAACAAAGAAGACAUCAUCGGCCCUGAGCCAACGGAGGCGUUGACAAAGUGCAAGGCCUGGAAGCAGUUGCAAGGCCUCUUUGGCCUCGAGUCUGUCAAGGACGCAGUCAAGUCCCUUGUCGACAGCGUCAAGCAGAAUUAUACCAGGGAGCUUGAUGAGCAGCCACCCAUAGAAUAUUCUCUGAACCGUGUGUUCUUCGGCAACCCGGGAACAGGGAAGACAACGGUGGCUAAGCUCUACGGGGCGAUUCUUGUGGAUCUUGGUCUGCUUUCCAAGGGCGAGGUGAUCAUUAAGAACCCUUCUGACUUCGUCGGUGCGGCACUUGGUGAAUCUGAAAAGCAGACGAAAGGCAUACUGGCCGCUUCUUUGGGAAAGGUUCUGGUAAUCGAUGAGGCAUAUGGGCUCUACGGCGGCCAAGGUUCAACGGCGGAUCCCUAUAAGUCAGCAGUCAUUGACACCAUUGUCGCCGAGGUUCAAAGCGUGCCCGGAGACGACCGAUGUGUGCUACUGCUCGGAUACAAGGAACAGAUGGAGACCAUGUUCCAGAACGUGAACCCCGGUCUCAGUCGUCGUUUCCCCAUCGCCUCGGCCUUCGAAUUCGAGGACUUCGACGACGAGGCCCUACGCCAGAUACUGAAUCUGAAGCUGAAGAAUCAGGGCUACCAUGCUACCGACCAAGCCAAACGCGUGGCAAUGGAUAUGCUUGGUCGAGCGAGGAAUCGACCCAAUUUCGGAAACGCCGGAGAAAUCGACAUCUUGCUCGAUGCAGCGAAGGCAAAGAAACAGUCGAGACUCUCACGCAAGGAGACCUCUUCCCCGUCUACCCUCGAGGCACCAGACUUUGAUGAAAAUUUUGAUCGUGCUGAGCGGGCUGAAACCAAUGUUUCCAUGCUAUUCGAAGGGACCGUCGGCCAAGAGGACGUUAUCACGAAGCUGCAGGGCUACCAAGAGACAGUCAAGACAAUGAAGUCCCUGGGUCUGGAUCCCAAGGAGGACAUACCAUUCAACUUCCUUUUCCGAGGGCCACCUGGCACCGGGAAAACGACGACAGCCAAGAAGAUGGGCAAGGUCUUUUACGACAUGGGAUUCCUCGCUACCGCUGAGGUCGUGGAAUGCUCAGCGACAGAUCUGAUCGGCCAAUAUGUUGGCCAGACUGGACCCAAACUGCAAGGGAAACUUGACACAGCGCUGGGAAAAGUCCUCUUUAUCGACGAGGCAUACCGUCUUGCCGAAGGUCAUUUCGCCAAAGAAGCCAUGGACGAGUUGGUGGAUGCGGCGACCAAGGACAAAUACGUCAAGAAAUUGAUCAUCAUUCUCGCUGGCUACGAGAAGGACAUCAACCGCCUCAUGACAACGAACCCCGGGCUUACUUCCCGUUUCCCGGAAGUCAUCGACUUCCGACCUCUGCAGGCCGACGAGUGCGUCAAGUUGCUCUUACAUUCUUUAAUGUCACGCAAAAGCCUGCUCUCAUCUAAAAAGAAAGUCGAUCUUGACGUUUCCGUGUUGCAGUCGCUGGAAGAGUCCUUGAGGGUCAAGCUCAAUCAUUUGUUCUCGGAGCUCGCGAAACAGGAAAGUUGGGCGAGUGCUCGCGACGUAAAGACUUUAGCAACAAGCAUCUUCAACGUCGUUAUUAAGGACAGGAAAGGAAUUGAAAAGGGCCACUUGAGAGUUCCUGGAGACGUCAUCGUGGCCGAGUUGACGAAGAUGUUGCAUGAGCGAGCGAGCCGGAGCGUGGAUCAAAGCAGGCCGAACAUCAAGACCCAGACCACACAUUCUGUGACGAGCAACCCCUCGGAUCCCCCAGAAGACAAGGAGGGCCCAAAGAAAAAGCCGACUGCUAUCAAGCAGGCGAAGCAGGGCUCCAAGCGAGAGGCAACACGGGAUGCUGGGGUCAGCGAUGAGGUAUGGGAGCAACUCCAAAGGGACAAGAAGGCCGAGGAGCGACGGGAACAGGAGUAUCAAGACCUGCUCAAGGCACAGCGGUCUGCAUCUGACGAGGCAAGGGACCAGAUUGUCAAACGGUUGCUCGAAGAGGAGGAACGCAGGCGGAAGGAGGAGGAGGCGCGGAAGAAGCUCGAGGCAGGGGGGGUCUGCCCGGCCGGAUUUGCUUGGAUCAAGCAGGCAGGGGGUUAUCGAUUCUCAGGCUUGUGA